UUCAAAGCUAAACUUUAGCACCCCGAACGCAAGGCUUCAUACUACAACCUUAAAACCUUGGGAUCUGGCUCUCAGACACCGGAAUCUCCGACUGCGAACGCUAGAGGAACCCUACCCAUUUCGAACUUAAAAUAUUUAUCCCUACAGUAGCAAUACUUUCUCUGCCAGUUUACACGUUACACAAUCUAAUCUACUUUGUCCACCAUCUCAACGCCUGUCUUUAUUAGCAAAACACGCCAGCAAAUAUGGCAAACGCUGGUACUCCGAAUCCGGUUGUCUUUUUCGACAUGUCGCUAGGUGGCGAGCCUCUUGGUCGCGUCAAGAUGGAACUCUUCGCGGAUACUGUGCCCCGCACCGCUGAGAACUUUCGACAAUUUUGCACCGGCGAAACCAAGAACGCCAUGGGCCGACCGCAAGGCUACAAGGGUGCCCGGUUUCACCGUGUCAUCAAAGACUUUAUGAUCCAAGGGGGCGACUUUUUGAAUGGCAAUGGUACCGGGUCGACAUGUAUCUAUGGCACAAAGUCUUUUGCUGAUGAAAAUUUCGUGCUUCGGCAUGACACUGCUGGAUUGUUGAGCAUGGCGAACUCCGGUCCCAACACAAACGGCUCCCAAUUCUUCAUCACGACAACACCCACGCCCUUUCUCAACGGGAAACACGUCGUCUUUGGCCGUGUCAUUGAUGGCAUGGACGUUGUCCGCAAGAUUGAGCACACGCGGACGGGACGCGAUGACCGGCCCAUUCAGGACGUGACCAUUGCUCAAUGCGGUGAAAUGUAAUUUUGUUUAUUUUAACUCUAUUUCAUCAUACACCAUCCUGUUCCAUCUUUGAGACGAUACAGCAACUACGAAAAAGCAAAGAGAAAGAAGAACGGCAUCAUGUUAUUGGCGCGUAUAAUUGGGCUAGCAAUGUCAAAAAUCUUCAUGUACCAAAAACUAGAGAAUGAGAAAAGAAUAACGGUAGCGCAGUUCUUUAUAAACAAGGAUUGCAACCAGUAGAGAAUGAAAUAUCACAUAGAUAACUGAGCC